CCGACGCAAAGCAAAGGACAGGUUCCCACUUUAUUCCUCUGCAGCGUCUCCUCUGAGGACCUGCGGCUGUCGGCACCGUGGAAAUCUCAUAAAGCCUCAUAAAAUGGGGAAUCUGCCUUUCUCCGCCAGUCUCUUCGGGACUGGUGAAACCAAGUCUGAAAAAGGCACUGAAGGGAAGUUCAUAACCAGGAAGAUCAGCAAAGGCAUAACCUAUUAUUAUGCUCCAUUCUCAGAGGCUGCCGACCAGACAGUGUGUCCUGCUAAAGACCUCUCCAAUUCCCUAGGCUCAUCUUUUCCACACUCAGCACCCUCUGCUGCUACUGACCUUUCCUCCUCCUCUCCCUUGCUGUCUGACACAAUCCCACAGACACCCCUACCAUCCCAAAACACACACCAAACACAUGCAGCCUCUUCUAACCGUCCAAUUCUUCUUUUCUUCUCCUGGCUCGGUGCCCAGCCAGGAACGGUGGCCAAGUACACAGAAAUGUAUUUGGAGCGUGGCAUGGAUGUUCUCUUGGUCCAGAGCAGUGUGUUCCACUUCCUGUGGCCUUCAUGGGGGCUUGAUUAUGGUUUGGAGGUUUUGAAGGUACUGGAGGAGCCUCAGUUCUCAGGGAGACCCAUACUGGUCUACGCCUCCUCCAUUGGUGGCUAUACUUUCACCCAGGUGGUCACCCACAUCGCCCAGAGACCGAAAGAGCAUGCAGACGUGGCUCAGAGGGUGACAGGGCACAUAUAUGACAGCUUGGUGGCUGGCAGUCUGGAGCACAUGGCCAUAGGUCUUGGCAAGACUUUGUUGCCAAGUUUGGAGGGCUUGGUCAAAAACAUGGCCAUGUUUUACUUCUGGCUCUUCAAGACCCAAACAGCAGACUUCUACAACAGCGGCAUCCAAGUUUUCCACAAUAGCCCUAUUACUGCGCCGGCCCUGUUCUUCUUCUGUGAGAACGAUGCCCUGUGUGACCCGUAUGCUGUCGAAAAGAUUUUGGACACCUGGAGAAGGAGGGGCGUGACUGUGCAGAGCAGGAAGUGGAAGAAGUCGAUACAUGCAGCUCACAUGCGAUGCCACCCGGAAGAAUACCUCUCUACGCUGGAACAAUUCUUGAACUCACUGCCUGUUUCCUCCCGCAAAGCAAACAUAUGAACUGUUGGGGGGGAGGAAGGAAAAGUUUGGUUUGACUGCCAUUUAAACAUUUUAAAAGUUGUUUUAUGUAAGUAAAUUAUUUUAAAGAGGAGGCACUUUAAUGACUUGUGGUUUAUUCAUUAUUUGUUGGAGUAAGUUAAAAGGACAUUUUUUCUCCUUAUAAGCAUUCUCAAAUGUUUGAAUCUUAUUGUUUUUAUUUUGACCAGGGUUACACUCUGAGUGAUUUGCACUAACUGAACUUUAACUGAAUUUAUUUGGUCCUUUAUGUCAGAUGACAUGUAUUUGUGAAUGAACAGCUGUUACAACGAUACCAGAGAUCUGGUUUCUGCACAAAAUGUCAAAUAAAACAUUCAC